UUUUGGGAAAGGGUGCCCAGAUUUCUUAGUGGCGCCCCUGGUGUGAGAUUCCUGUGUUCAGGGAAUAAUCUGUAAAUAAAGUAAACGCUGGGCAGCGUCUCCGUGCUGCUUGUCACCGCUCCGCUCUGGAAACAUUCAGCCAGCGUCCACACCACGUGUUCUCCCGGACAGAGUCACGGUGGAAAGGGUUAAAGAUCACCGCGGAUCCUCAGCUCUCGUCGCUCCGCGGGCAGCGCUGCUGGCUCGCUGCGAUAUUUCGGUGGAUUCGCUGUGGAUUGUGGGAGUCGAGGACACUGCCCAGGCUUGUUACCGGACAACCGGAGAGACGUUUACCGCCGAGCCCUGUUUCUAGCCCGACACUGGUAGCAGUCUCAGCACCAUGUCCAGCCGAGGAGGAAAGAAGAAGUUGACCAAGACGUCGCGGUCCACUAAAGCAGGGGUCAUAUUCCCUGUGGGCCGCAUGCUGCGCUACAUAAAGAGGGGCCUACCGAAAUAUCGCAUAGGGGUGGGAGCGCCAGUCUACCUGGCUGCUGUACUGGAGUAUCUUACUGCCGAGAUUCUGGAGUUGGCAGGCAAUGCAGCCAGGGACAACAAGAAGGGUCGAGUCACACCACGACACAUCCUGCUGGCCAUCGCCAAUGAUGAGGAGCUGAACCAGUUGCUGAAAGGUGUGACCAUUGCAGCAGGAGGAGUCCUGCCCAACAUUCAUCCAGAGCUGCUGGCCAAGAAGAGAGGAGCAAAGGGCAAACUUGAGACUCCCGUUUCACCGGCUCCUGAGAAGAAACCCAAGACCGUCAAGAAAUCAGCUGCUAAGAAACUGAGCGGGAAAAAGGGAGGAAGAAAAGCUAAGAAGCAGGGCGAGGUGAGCAAGGCGGCGUCUGCAGACAGCACCACAGAGGGCUCUCCAGGCGACAGCUUCACUGUGCUCUCCACCAAGAGCCUCUUCCUGGGACAAAAGCUCAACCUUAUCCACAGCGAGGUCAGCAACUUGGCUGGCUUUGACGUGGAGGGGGUCAUCAACCCCACCAAUGCUGAGCUUGAACUUAAAGAUGAUCUAGGCUCUGCUCUGGAGAAGAAGGGAGGGAAGGAGUUCACAGAUGCUGUGCUGGAGCUGAAGAAGAAAAACGGCCCUCUGGAGGUGGCGGGGGCUUUGUUGUCCGGCGGCUUUGGCCUUCCUGCCAAGUACGUCAUUCACUGCCACAGUCCAGGCUGGGGCUCCGACAAGUGUGAGGAGAUGCUGGACAAGACGGUGAAGAACUGCCUGGCUCUGGCCGACGAGAAGAAACUCAAGUCUGUGGCCUUCCCCUCCAUCGGUAGUGGAAGGAAUGGUUUCCCGAAGCAGACGGCAGCCCAGUUGAUCCUUAAGGCCAUAUCUAGCUACUUCGUGUCCACCAUGUCUUCCACCAUCAAGACCAUCUACUUUGUGCUGUUUGACAGCGAGAGCAUCGGGAUCUAUGUGCAAGAAAUGGCCAAACUGGAGACGAGCUAAAAGAAUCUGGAGCGUCCUCAUCCUCGUACCCCCCCACCCAUUGUUUUCCUGCGAGGAAAUAGGAAGGUGUUUACCAGUAAUGUGUUUAAUAUGAAGAGAAGAAGAGAAAGAAGAAUCUUUCUUAAGGCCGGGAACUUGAUUUUGCAUUAUGUGCGUAUUUGUCCUAUUUUAUUCUUAAUUUCUUAUUUACUUGUCAUCACUGGCAUUUAAAUGUAAAAGUGCACUGUUCAUUCUACAGUCUUUUAUUACAAACAGUGGCACACACAUCAGAUUCAACAAGUGAGAAGGCUCACUGUAAGAUUUCAUU